UUUUGACGCGCUCACUUCCUGUGAUGCUAGAUCUGAUGCUGGCUUCUCUGCGUGCUCAGUUUGGAGGACAGAUGUGAUGUCUGCUUCUACAGUCACUGAGGAUGAGGUGGAGUUUGUGUCUGAGGGUUCUCUCAGACCGGUGUUGGAAUGCAUUGACCUGCUGAGUGAUGGAGAGGAUGAGGGCGGCAUGUCUGCUGCACACACCAUUGAGGAGCAGGUUGACAAGCAGAGGGCUCAUGCAAUGUCCACACUGGACAGACUGGCACGUCAGGUUGCUGUGGAAAAACUGGAGAGGCGUGAAAAGUGCAAAGCUUUUAAGAGCGUGCAGAUGAAAGCAAUAAGCUGUCAUGUCUUCUUGCAUUUGGAGCUGGAUGAUGUUCAUUUUGAUGACGGACUUUCGCUAAGUGUGCACUGCAAUAAUGGCUGUGCUAUUGUCACUGCUGAUCAAAGCAUGGCUGACAUCAUGAGGACAAUGGCAGUCAUGGGUCGUUGCUCCUCAUGCCCCAAACCUUUUUUUAGCUUGGGUCAGAUGGAGGAGCACAAAGAGCUCCUGAAACAUGAGGUGAAGAGGGUGAGCAGCAUGGACCGGGCCCUUCUGUACUACAGCAACUACUGUGAAAUCCAAAGAGCUCAGAAGGCCACGGCAUGUGGGAGCGUUUCAGACCGGCCUUCAGCUAAGAGAAAAACACUGGUCAGCUUAGAUUCCCAAGUCGAAUCAAGAAAAUGGUCACAGCUCGCCUGGUUCUGUGAGUGCGGCCUACGCUUCACAGAGGAGGAUCAAGCAAGGAAGCACCUCCAAGCUGCCAAUCAGAUCUUUCACAAAUGUGCGGUCUGUGGCAAGCUAAUGGGCGAAUUGUCCAUAACGCGCUUGCACAUGAGCCGGUUCCACGGUGGUGCUCAUUUGUCCAACUUCCUUUUCCACUGCAGUCAGUGCAAGGUGGAAAUGCCAAGGAUGGAAGACAUGAUGGCCCAUGUUGGUGUAAGCCACAGAGGGCACAGCUACUACCAGGAAAGAGAAGACGCAGCAGACCACUGCGUCUUGUCCAGUAUGUCCCCCAAACCGUCCACCAGUGCGGAAACCGAAAUGACCAGGCCGGACAGUUCCUCUUGUGUCCCGCCUCCCAAAGCCGAGUCUUGGCUUUGUCGGAUGUGUGAAGACCUCUUCGACUCUGAGGCAGUGGUGCGGAAACACUGCAGUGAUUUGAGCAGCCACAGUUUCCAGAGGUUCGCUUGUGGCCACUGUCCACAGAAGUUUUUCAAGGACUCCACCCUGCGGAGGCAUUGCGCCAAUGAGCAUGGUGACGACAUAGUCCUGCGCUACUUCUGCGGGCUGUGUGAUAGCAUGCUGUACGACACCGAGGCAGAGUUUCUGGAGCACUACAACAGUCUGCACAGCCAAGAUUACUACUGCUUGCAAGCGGCUCCGAAUGUUUCCCAAGCAUCCAUGGAAAACACCGUUGAGAGUCCUAUAGCAAGUACAAGCCCUGAGCAACUUUGUCCUUGCAUGGGCUCUGAGAAAUCCAGGGAGGAAAGGAAACCUAUAUUCACAAAGUGCAUGAAACAGUUGGCCACCGAAAAUAAAUGCAGUUACUGCUGUCGCCAGUGCGACAAAAACACGGCCACCUAUGCCGAGAUGAAGACGCACAUCCUCCUGACACACACGACCCAGGGCAAUGAGAAAGGUUUUGAUGUUCUGUGCACUGUUUGCUCACAGAGCCACAAAGAUAUACCCAGUGUCCAUUCACACUACCACAAGCAUCACUGCCAGUCAGAACCUUGCGCUUCUUCCCGACCCAACAGCGCAGAUGAGAAACCGGCCGCCACCAGCAGCAUAAUAAAUGCCAAGGAGAUCUUCCCUCAGAGUAAUGCGGAGAAGUUUCAAGAUGUAAAGAAUGCCAUUACCUCAAGUAUUCUUGAUGUUAAAAAAGAUGAUGGUGGUGCAUUUGAUCAGGACAUGAAACUGGCUUUGGCUUUGAGUGCAGAGGAGGUCAAGAAAUCAAAAGAGCUGGAUAUUGAGAUGGAAGAAGCCUUGAAAAGAAGCUUACAGGAAUUUUGAUAAGGGAAGAGACAGUUUGAGUGUUUGUUUUCCCGUGUUGUUCAUGCACUGUAGUGAUUAAGCACGUUUUUCUUAAGUUUAAAUAAAGGAAAUAAACCAUAUCUUGCCUGUCCCUGUCUGAGAAAUCUCACUGUGUUCUGGUUAUUGUCUUUUCUGUGAUGUCUUCUUGGCCCUUGACCCUAGAAAUGAAAUCCCACUCUCCUUUGUUUGAAUCUCCGAGGUGAACUCCUCCUCUUGUCUGAAGGAGUGUAUU